GGGCGUCAUGUAGAUCAAUGAUAAUUGUUUUAGAAACUCAAAAUCUCAGUGGGUGCGACUGGGGGGCUGUCUCCCCCACGCCCCCCGUGGCUACGCCACUGCAUGUAAUAGAUCUUUGAUCACAGUUUCGUGAAAAGACCUGCUGUUUCGAGUCAGUGCUAAAAUUGAAAGGUUGCUGCAAAUUUUGAAAUGUGCUCAGCGUGAGGGCACCAUUCGCUGGUUCACGCGCAUGGAUUAUCAUGUACACAUUAUAUUCGGGACCAAGAGUACGAGAAAAAGUUAAACCACCGAUCUUCUUGUAAGAGCGUGCAUAGCUCGUUGGCCAUUCCCAGCUCAGCCUCGUUCCCGGGUUCUCGAGCAGUACGCUCCCUCCACUACUUGCUCUCCCAUCCUGGUAUUGGAUCUUUGCAUAUCAUGUUUGUUUGGAUUUGUAUGCAACCAAGGAAUAGUCUGGUGUCUGUCUGUAAAUUACAUCAACGUUUGUUUUUGUAUGUGGUGUCUGGGGUAAAAACAGAAUCAAUUCGUCGCGAAGUCUCGAAAACAGGAGUUAAAAUGUUACAACCUUAUCCGGCCAAUAAUUAUGCAGUAAGGCCUAUACCUUUCAUAUUUAUAUGAGUAAAUUGGAAAGAAAAGGAUUAUUUUUGUGAAGGUGUGGACUAAUAAUUACAAUUAACAUGAAAACACGUUAUACACGUUGGAUUAACAACACCGAGUACACGAUAUAAAGCCAGUAUACUUGACAAUUGCGAGUAUACUUGCCAAUUGCGGUAUCGAGUCAGGAUACAGGAAGAAAGUUUCCUAUCCAGGGCUUACUAUAUAUUAGAAACGAGGUUGGACAUGAAGUAAGCACUGGGGACGAGGUGGACCCAGUGAGGACUCGAAAAAAAUACGUCAUACAUCCAGAAGUCAGCCCUUCCCCCGCGCCCUGCCUGUUUAGGGCGGUGGGUACGAGCGAAUGCUUUUUACUGUAUGACGUCAUUGCCGUUGAGGGCGCACUUGUACACGGAGCCUGUAACAUUAAAGAAAGAAGAAUUUAUGCGCAUUUAUUUUGUUCAAUUAACUUCACAAAAUAAUACAAAUCUAUAUGCGAUGGGUCAGUUUUUUUCCUUUAAAAUAAUAUAUUUCGUGACUGUGUGUUAAGGAUGUGGAGAGCCUUAUAUUUAUAUGUUAUUGAAACUGCACCUUUAACUUUGCUUUGAUGCAGGGAGCACACUAGACAGUAAUGUUAACCUCUAUAGCUGAACGCGCUAGUGAUGAAUGGCAUCACUUUGUUGCUAGCGCGUGCUGCACCAAAUGUUUCCAAACAAAAUCCUUAUAACACGCUCUUUACAUAUUAGAUGUUUAGGAAGUAUUUUGUAGCGUUUUUUUUUUAUUAUUUUGUAUUUUCAAUAAUCAAAUAAUAUUUUUGUAAUCCUUAAUAACUAUUUUUCAUUUUUAAAGAGUUGGAUCUUUCAUAGGUUCAUCCCGUGGUCAGUAGCAAAAUGUGCCAAUCGCGGAUCGGCGAUAGAUAUAAAAGCUGCAGUGACCUAGGGUCAUCGUACACUUGGCCCGGAAUGUACAGACAUGCACUGGUCAUGAUGGCAAACUAUCCACAAUGCAUUGCGACGUCAGCAUUUCCUUGACAGAAUAAUGUGUGACACCUUGAAUAGGGCGGUGGAUACAAGCAAACGUGUUGACUGUCGUGAACUGCCAUAUGGCUUUUUUUAUAUUCUCAUAUUCGAACAUGGCUAUCGGGAGACGGUGGCGCCACAUCAAUGCAUGUCGAUGUUCAAUUAUAUGCACAAUAAAGAUAUGUUUUUACGUGCUGAGUGAGAGGGGUUUGUAAACUGAAGCAUCUUUGUUGUUCGUAUUUCUGUUUUUAUCUUCUUCCAUGUCUGCAAACAAUGAGCUUGAUUACGUGCGCCACAUGUCUCACAAACAAUCCCUAGUUGUGCUGUCAUUUCCCCCUUUUCAUACAGGAAAUCUUUCCGGAAAUAUAUAGGCCCGAAAAAAACCCUUUGUAAAAUAAGAAGAAGGAUCAACAGUUUGCUGAACCCGACACAGUGUGAGAUAUUGGUCCAUUACAUCCUUCGCACGUGACCCGGAAGGAUCCUGACUUUGACCUGCUAAGUGACCUCGAUUAGGCCUAAUAAUACACGUACUUCCGGGCUGGGGUACGUGCAGUUAUGAUCAUCCGCAAAUUUAAAUUUAAAGCUUUGUGCAGGCGAAAACCAUAUAUAAGACUAACAACCUGUGCUCGCCUUGCAUUCGAGUCUGAAUUAAUUACAAAGUCGCAAUAAAUAAUGGCGCACCCUGUAGAGAAGCGGCGUGUGUUCUACUUUCUACUGCAUUUGUCUUUCUACCUGUCUGAGGCAGCAGAUGUGUACAUGUCCAGUUCUUGCGGCCAGACAAUUAACAUUGGGCGAUCCGGUGGCACCUUGGACUCUCAAAGUAGCUUGACCUACCCUAAUGGUCAAGACUGCCAGCUAGUUCUGGAAGCUGAAAUUGGUCGACAAAUCCUCCUCACUUUCAAAGAGUUCACAGUUGAGGGACAAGGAACAGGUUGCCAGGCCUACGACUAUCUCGAAAUCUACGAGGGCAGGCUCUUCCAAACGACGCCGGAUCUUGGAGUUUUCUGUGGGUCUUUGGACGACACGCACAAUGUCGUGUCCACGUCCAAUUACAUCAGACUGAGAUUUAAGACCGACUCCUCGCUUGCGUAUCGUGGAUUUCUCUUGGCGUAUACAUCGUUCGAUGCCUCGGGUACCUGUGACUGGGGCGAGCUCAAAUGCGCCAACGGCAGGUGCAUCGACAUUGAUCUCAAAUUCAACGGAUUCAACAACUGUGGAGACAACAACGACGAAGGGGCUGUCGUGAGCUACGAAGAACUGAGUCCAGGUAUCAUCCUAGUCAUCAUCAUAGCAUGUCUUGUCUGUCUAGUGAUGUGCAGUGUCAGCUGCGCGUGCAUAUGGCAGCGUGUUUGCAAGAGUACCCCACGGACCCAGACACAGACACCAGAACAGACCGGAGUCAACGCCACACAGCCGACGAACAACCAGCAAGUGCCACUGGCCAUGCAACCGACCAGUCAGCUGGAUAAAUCCACACCCAAUCCUGGUCAACCGGGACCAUAUCCCAGUCAACCCUCCCCACAUCUCGGCCAAUCAGGUCCGUAUCCCGCUCAACCAACACAAAAUCCCGGUCAGGCGGUUCAAUAUCCGGGUCAGCCGGUCCAAUAUCCGGGUCAGCCGGUCCAAUAUCUGGGUCAGCCGGUCCAAUAUCCCACUCAACCGGGACAAUAUCCCAACCAACCAGUCCAAUAUCCCAACCAACCGGUUCAGUAUCCCAACCAACCGGUCCAAUAUCCAGGUCAAUAUUCCAAUCAAGUACCAGCACACUAUACUGGCCAACCACCGGCCUAUCCCGGUCACCCAGCUCCAAAUAUGGGCCAAGCUGCUCCAAAUAUGGGUCAGACAGCACCGAAUAUUGGUCAACCAGCUCCAAAUCCGCAAGAGCCGGCUUCAAAUCCGCAAGAGCCAGCCCCAACUACGGAACAACCCACUGCUAAUACACAAGAACCGACAGAACCCGGAGAAAGCGAAACAAAUGAAAUUUGAAAUCUUUUGAUCUGCAGUAAAAAAAAAUAGACAUAAUAUGUAGCCGAACAUGAACACUCUAUACACACCCGUACCCUCAAUUGUUUUGAAAACGCUGCAGACAGCAUACCAUAUAUUCGUUUGAAUAAUAACGAGUGUCCUUUAAUUGUCAUUUUACUCAACAUUAAAAUACCUUCCAGGUAUAUAUAUUUUAGACCAAAUUGAUUGAUUUAAAAAAAUAACAUUUUCACUUAAUAUUUUUACUAACUCAUUUAUGGUUGGCAUAUAUUUGCCAACCUUCUGUAGCGAUAUUCUAACGAUGUGUAUUAUAGCAUAUCGAGUAAAAAACUACACAGAAAACGAGACCUCGUGAUGCCAACAAGAUUUCCAAGAUUUCUAAAAUCCUCCUGGAAAGUUAGCAAGAUAAUUUGUAAUCCUUGCAAGGAAAUUUUGCAAAUUAUAAUGGCCUACUAUUUUGUAAAAAUGCUUUUUUUUUUCAAAUGGUAUACGAGUAUUGCCGCAUAAGGAGUAAAAGUGGUAAUUUUAUCAUCUCACUUUUUAGUAAGUAUAAACUAGAAUUAUUAAUUGAUUUUUUUUGUAUUUGAUGAUUGCUAUGUACAAAAGCUCAUACAACAUUGAUCACCUUUUGUAUACUCAUGAUGUAUAGUUUUAGCUACAAAUUGAACUUUGUUCAAUUCAAAUCUUUUGUUUAUAUAUUUGUCAGAAUUUCACAUAUAUUAAAAUAUUUUUUAGUAUAGGC